AUGGGCAGGUAUAGCUGUCCUUUCCUAUUCGGACAAGAUGACCUCGCCGAACGGUACAUUAGUAUAUCAGAUUUGUGUCGAUACCUCGACAGAUAUAUGGCUGAGACAUCGGAAGGGAACAAAGGUUCGGCCCAAGAACAGUGGAUCCAGCAGGACAAGGAAAGAGAUGUUUUAAUUGAACAAUCGUUGCGCAAUACGAUUGCUGCCUUUGCAGCAAGAUGGUUACCAAUCACCUCUUCGGAUGACUUGGUCGGCAUCAAUAACCUGAACCAAAUCCAGACGAUGUGGCGACAAGCUCGAAGAGACAUGCUGAGAAUUAUCAAUCGCCCCUCGUAUCGAUCGAUGCUGUCCCUGUUUCUUUUUGCCUUGACUCCAAUUCCGAUGGGUAUCUCGGAAGACGAGGAGACGGAUGGUGUCUCUGGACAGGUUUGCAUCCACGCGGGUUUGCAACAAGUCCAGUCUCUUCGAGCACGACAGAGAAAUCUACAAUUCAGUGGCUCGAAAGUGUUUCCGUCGUUGAGCUCGACUUCCAUAUGUGCCACUCCUGAAUCUGUCGACACUUCUAGCUUUAUUAAUGCGGAAAAUAUCGCAUACUGGGCAGCAAUCACAUUCGACACAUCAGCGUCUCUCACGCUCAAUUGCAGGCCACUUCUCUCAUCAGGCCUCUUCGGCUUCGAGUCUGAAUUUACAUGGAAGCUGGUACGGACCUGCUUGAACGUGUUCAAUGAAUCUUCGAAGAGUUGGCGCUUUGGUAGUGCCGAGAUGACAGACGAAAGGGCCAAUGAGAUUAUCGCAGCCGCCGCUUGCUGGAAGCUGUUAGGUUGGAAACUGGCUGCUAAUUUCAGGGAGGCUCUUCGGGAUGGUCAUGACGAGUCUGAAGUUCGGAAGGCUCUUUCCUAUGUUAACAGUUCGGUUAAGGAAUUUGAUACUACCUUUCGUCCGUUUCUUGACGAAUGCUACAAGCGUAUGCAGUUCCUUGGCCAGCAAACAAAACUUCGUUGGUUCUCUCUUAUGCUUCAUUACCACUUGAGCAUACUGAUGGUACUGGAUACGAUAGAAGUCGUAGAGCGGUAUGACUUGCUCGUUGAUCUCAAAGAUGCUAGCAUUGAAGCAGAAAACACUGUCAUGAAUGCACUGGCGUUUGGUCUUCAUAAUAACAUUACCUUGAGACGAGCUAUCGAUUCUCUUCCACCAGGCCUGCCUCGGGGGAGCGGAACGACACGCACGUUCACUGUUCCUCUCGUCGCGAUUGACCCUUAUCCGCAUCAUGUGGUCGCGUGUGUGCAACUCAUGCGCAAAGCCAUCGGCCGGGAUUAUAGGAAUAAAAAUAUCACACAAGAGUCAUAUGAUAGCUUAAACUCAACUUUAGAAUAUGCAUUGAGGCAUCUCCCCCAAAGCUCAAAGUCAGUCCAAGCAGCUCGGUAG